CGUCCCGUCCGCUCGGGGAAGAUGUCUGCGACGGGUACAGGCGGCUGUGGACCCGGACCCGGACCCGCCUCGGGACCCGGGUCCGGGGCUUCGAACCCCCGAAAGUUUAGCGAGAAGAUCGCGCUUCACACCCAGCGGCAGGCGGAGGAAACCGCCGCCUUCCAGGAGGUCAUGAUGGACAUCACUUCGACCAGGCUGCAGGCCCAGAAGCUCCGCCUGGCCCGGAACCAGGGUCCGUACUACGGCGGCUCCUUACCCAACGUCAACCAGAUCGGGAGGAACCCUCAGGACUUCCAGGUGUCCUUCCCGUCCUCUCUGGAGUCCAGCAGGUCCACCCGACACCACGGCCUGGUGGAGCGGGUCCAGAGGGACCGCCGCUUCAUGUCUCCUGUCAGACCCUACCGGAACCGCCAAGUGGACAACUCCCUCUACAACAACGCCUACCUGUCGCCACCGCCAGACGCCAGCUGGAGAAGGAAUUGGUCUGGAAACUUCCCCGGGGAUAAAGGCCAGUUUCGUCUCCCCACCACCGCACUCAACAGGACCAACUCUGAUUCAGCCCUCCACACCAGCGUGAUGAACCCCCCAGCUGGAGACCCCUUCACCAUGGGAGGACCGGCCCUCACCCCCCAGAGCAGCAGACGCAGCGGUCAGAGCGAUGGGGAAGGCAGAAGAAUGUUCCCAUAUCCGGUUCCUCCCAUAGAGGAGAACGUUCUGGACGAGGGGAAGCUGCUCAAGCCCUGGGAGACCAAGAAGCUGCCUCUGCUGUCGUCUCGACCCAAGUCCUGUGAAGUCCCGGGAAUCAACGUCUUCACGUCUCCGGAGCAGCCCUCCACGCCAUCUCACAGCAUCCCCUCCGCUCUGAACACCGGCGGCUCGCUGCCCGACCUGUCCAGCCUGCACUUCCCCUCCCCCCUCCCCACGCCGCUGGAUCUGGACGAGCCCGGCUUCCCCGGGACGUCCUCCCUGAGCGGGGGCAGCAGCACAGGGAACCUAACCUCCACCCUCACCCAGCUGGGCAUCAACGCCGCCAACGCCGCAGGAGGCAACGGCAGCUUCCACCACGCCGCACCUGGGCUCCUGUCGUCCCUACAGAGCUCCCCCAGUAACCCCUCCCUCCAGUCGUCGCUCAGCAACCCCAACAUCCAGGCGUCCCUCAGCAGCCACUCUUUCUCCAACUCCCUAAGCUCCGCCUCCCUGCACUCGUCGCUCAGUAACCCUUCGCUGCAGUCGUCUCUUAGCUCCUCCCCCUCCCUGCCGUCCUCGCUCAGCAGCCAAUCGCUGCAUUCGUCUCUCAGUAACUCCUCCCUCCAGUCAGUGUCUGGCAACAACCCCAACUACAGCGGCGGCAUGGGGGGGUCUGGGACAGGCUCCUCCUUCUCCCAGACGUCCCUCAGCACGUCGCCGCGGAGACGGGCUCAGCUGUCCCCGCUCAUCCUGCCCAUGGGGGCGGAGUCACGGAGGCAUCAUUCCAAGCAGUUCUCCCCCAUCAUGUCCCCCACGCUGUCGUCCAUCACACAGGGCGUUCCAUUGGACACCAGCAAGCUCCUCCUGGAUCAGCCCCUCCCUCCAUACCCGCUCAGCCAGCCCCACCAGCAGCUGUCCGGGCCCCAGCAGUCACACCAACCGGCCCAAAUGGGUCAGCACCACCAGCAGCACCUGCACCGCAGCCCCCAUCCCCGACCCAGCACACAGCAGCAGCUCCAGAACCUUCAGAACUUUCGCAACCAGCAGCUGCAGCACUUUGGAGGGAACCAGGCGGCGCUGGGAUCACAGGUCAAGACGGAGAGCAUGCUGGACCCGUGCGUUCAGAACCCCCACUCUGUGAAGCCGGAGGCGGAGCCUCAGCACCAACAGGGGAGCGUGGCCCCAGACCUGUACAACGACGCCUUGUUCAGCUCGCUGAUGGACGACCCGUACCUGAGCCUGCAGCUCAGCAAGUCCCGUCAACAGUUCUUAGCAGAGCACCCGGCUGACGGGCUGUCCCUGCACCACGGCGGGCUGAGCUGCGACAAGAACCAGCUGUCCUCCAACAGCCAGGGCCCGCUGGACCAGCAGGAGUCCGGGAACCAGCAGCUGCUCAACAACCAGAACCAGAACUACGGCUGCGGCGACGGACGGCACAACGUCCCCAACAUCAUCCUCACAGGAGACUCUCCGACCGGUCUGUCGAAGGAGAUCGCCAGCGCGCUGUCCAACGUGCCCGGCUUCGAGAUCGACUCCUUCUCAUUGGACGAGCAGCUGCGGAUGGACCCGCUGUCUCUGGACAUGCUGGAGAGCGACCUGAUGCUCGCCGACCCCGCCGUCGAGGACUCGUUCCGCUCCGACCGGCUCAAGUGACGCCGCCGGCGCCCGGGAGCUCCACGAGGAUCAACCGACCCGCCUGUACGACAGAAGGAGAGCGCCAAGUCCCCGCCGUCUGCAGAGGACGCGCCUAGGUGGAUGAGAGGGGCGGAGCUUCUCCCUCUGAGGCUGAACGCUCUGAAAACGCUUGAAUCCAGAAGUGCAGGAUGCUUGUCUGUCUGCGUCUGCUUGUCUGCUCACAGAAACCAGCAGCGCUUUUAGGAGCUUCAGCUUUAUGCAUGCUGAUAUGCACUUAGCCUCCCAUGGCUCCGCCCCCGGGGGCGGGGCCUCGCUCUGCUGCAUCAGAAACAGGAAGUCAGCCAUCACUAAAGUCAGGCUUGUUUCCCACUGUGAUUCCCCGCCUUUCUUCUAAUAUGCAGCAAAUGGAGGGAAAGCUUUAAAAGCUCCGCCCCCGCUAGCUCCAACAGGAAGUGCCAUGGUGGCGGAGCGCGGCCUUGAGAGCCAACACCCACCUGUGGACUCGGGUUUAUGCAGAAGCGCUCUCUGGCCUGAAAACGCUCCCUUCAUCCUAGUUCAUUUGACCUGCAGGGCGCACGCUGAAGCCACGCCCCCCGAAGCCACGCCCCCCAUAGUUCAAUCCCAUUCACACUUGGGCAGAAAACAACAAACGAACAAAAGAGAUCACUUCUUUGUCUAGAUGUGCUCGCUACAAGGUGGGCGGAGCCUCACCCUUACAGCUGCGCAGCACUGAGCUCUUGUGCAAAUGACCCCGCCCACUCAGGUUGCAUACUUUCCAAAAUUAUAAUCUUUUAUCUUAAUUUUCCGUUUUGCUGGACAAAAGGUCGGUUCUGUCGGUUCUGUUGGAGAAAACCCUGGCGGUCGGAAGAAUCUAGAAGAUCCGUUGAUCUGCAAAUGGUGUCCUCUCUGAACCACCUCCAGAAGAUCGGGCCAAAGCGCAUCGCUUUUACCUGACCUUUAAAGCUCCGCCCACUCGCUGUGAUGAACAGAUUCAUGAGCGUCUUCAGCCGUUCGGAUGAAUCUGCACAAAAACCUGAAGAACCGUAACCAACCAACCCAGGUUCUCCGGGGUUCUUGGUUUGUUGAUCCGAUCCAGACCACCGUGGAGAUUCUGGUGCCAAAGCAGAACCGGUGAGUCCAAAAGCUGCGAGAAGAGGAGGAGCUUUAAAGCUGCUGCUGCCCCCCGCAGGUCGGUGGGGAUGCUGCAGCCUCUGAGCAGCACCAGAACCAGGCAGGCCCAUUUUAAUGAGCUCUCAGAACCACCUGAUCAGAAUGUUUUCCUCUUAUAUCCCUGGAACGUUUUCCGUCUUCGUCCGCUGCGCGGCGCGUUUUUCCCGACUUCAGAAAAAAGUCCAACCAGGAACUUCUCAGCUGAUCAAGAACAAACGCUUUCAGGGGAACCAGUUUCCAGAUGUCAGUGAACGCACCCUUACACUUCAAAGCCCCACAAUGCACUCUGAUGUCGCCCUCUCGACCGUGUGUGUGAGUCUGUGUGUGAGAGAGUGUGUGUUUGUCACUUUGCUGCUGUUACCCAUCAAGCCUGUUGUGAGCUGAUGUGCAGUUCCAGACUUUGCCUGUAGGGGGAGAUGCUGAGCGUGCACAUGUUAGGGAUCAGUUAAAGGCCAUAUUUCUUAUUUUUUCAUAUUUUUUAUUGGUGUAUUAUAAUUUGUCACAAUAUUAAUGUUUUUUGUUUAUUUGUUCUAAGAAAACUGAACCUUAAAGAAUUAACGUAAGUUUUGUUUUUGUUCGGAUGUUCGUGUGAUAACCAGGGAAUGUGCAGAAUGUUGUACAUAUUCAUGUUUUUAAGCUGCUCCUGCAGCCGCCCAAGAGAUUUUUAAAGAGACUGUAUCUCCACAUUAUUUUACACAAAAUAAACCUGUGAAACCUGAA